AUGGCCACUAGAAUGCUCUCUCGUUUCGUCGUGAAACUCGCUCGGCCCAAAGUCUUCAGAGUGGACAGCUACGAGCACUUUGGCCUAGAGCGCGUCGAAAAGCAGAUCCGUGAAUAUGAGCACUUGGGCGACAAUGCCAUUCUCGAUGCCUCGAUCCUCGAUUGCGACCGUGCAUUAUCCCUUGUCCUUCCCAACUUACUUGCAGACCCCGACCAAGCGGCAAAGUGGACCGUGCCAAUGGCGUCUUGCCUGCGUCUACGUUUCGAGCGGGAUGGCGUGCCAAAAGACAUCAAGGACGCUCGCCAGAUGCUUGAAAAUGUGCUCGCUUCCGUCACACCGGGUAGCACGAUCCAUACUAAAGCACUGUAUGCGCUUGGACACCUAUUCGCCGCGCUACAUCAUCACACCGGUGUUCGCGAACAUAUUUCCCAGGCUCAUAAUUGUUUUGGGAGAGCCCUGGAUGGCAUGGAGAUGAUGACGGUAGAGGAUGCAACCGCCAUUGAGAUGGACCUUCUUAUUGCACUGGCCUGGUGUCUCAACACAAUUCCCGCCCGCAAAGCCAAUUCCGAAGCGAUCCGUCUGUGCUCAUCCGUCCUGCACGAAGCAAAGGAUACGGAUGCCGUAUUUGUGCUUGCCGCACAUGGACUGUCUUGCGCUUCCUACUCACGCUGGGACAUGAACUCGCGGCAAGACAAAACAGACUUGAUUAAUGCACAGGACUAUGCACGGCGAGCUGCAGAGACUCCACAUCGUCUGCGUGCAAGACACCUCACUUGGUUAGCAACAUUGUGCCGCGAACGCGCGGAUUCUGGUGACGACGCCUCGUACUUUGAAGAAGCAAUCGAGCGAAGCGCGGAAGCCGUCGAGCUAAUGAAAGAACGUCAUGCGCCGGCUUCUCACGAGGUGUCUACCAGCCUUAUCGCUCUCGGUCUGGCCUACUACUCGCGCUACAAAGUCCACAACGCUCCAGAAGAUCUCGAUAACGCUAUCAACUUGCAUCGCCGUGCACUGACAACUAUCGCUUUCACACACUUUUCUGUUAGGCAUACCCUCGUCGAUUGUCUGUGCGAUCGCUAUCAAGCACUCGGGCUUCCGAAAGACAUCGAAGAUGCGUUCGAAAUUGCAAAGCAAGCCUUUGGGGAUGCACCGCACCGUACGAAUGACAAGCUUCUUUCGCUUGCCAACAUUGGUCGAACGCUUGCAUUGCGCUAUUCACAUGGCAAGGAGAAUACAGAUUUCACAGCCUCGCAGGCUGCGUUAAGCGAUGCCGCUCAGAUGUUCCGUGAAAGCGAAGGGUAUCCCCCGGGAUUGAUGGUGUUUAUCCUGGAGCUCCUUGCCAAGAUUCACGACAUCCACUUUCAGGUGCGUCGUCGUCCGGAAGAUGCAGAACUGUCUCUUCGCUAUGUAGAAGAGGCGAUCGCCAUAAGGAAGGAGUUCGCGCUUCCGUUGGAAGAACCCAGUCCACGCAACUCAUCGAUCACCCAGCACAACAGCGUGUCCGAAACGGCUGAGAACGAGCCACAUUCCAAAGGAGCUGACGUCUCGAUCAGUCAAGAAAGGCACAGUGAUGAGAGUGCUGAUUUCCAGCUCAUGACUUGUUUCCUAACUUUCCUCGCCGAAGACACUUCUUCCAAGUUUCUUCCCCUGUUCCGAUUCUUGGGUAGGACGCUUUGUUCAGAUUAUGUGGCGCAUUAUGCGACGUAUGUGAUACCCCUUGGUGGAUACACAUGGGACGGAACAACCGGUCAGUCAACGGAGGAAUGCUCGUGUUUGGACCCCACGUCGCUCCUCCUCGCACUCCGCAAUGUUCUCGAAGCUGCAUCUAUUGCGCUUCUUCUUUCGUCGGAUAGAUGGACUCAAGACUUGGUGACUUCAACACGACCGUUCGUGACCAUGUCAAGUACUACUUUUGGCCUGAAGGUGUCAAGUUCAACGGAGAGACUGUCGAUCCUAGCCAAGUUGGAGCAGAGUGGGAUUUGACAACCGCACCGUGGUUGAGCUACGAUAGUUCAACACGCUUUCUCUCUGGGGUUACACCCGACUCCUACUUGAACGGCACCUCCGACCCCAUCCAAAUACCCCUGAACCUGACCUAUCCGGGCUCUGACUCAGCCCCUACCACGCUCUUUGUUGAUGUCCAUCCUUAUCAGUUCACAUCUCUCGACCUCCCUCAAUUCAACUACACCUCCGGUCCCCUCAACUACACCUUCGCCCAAUAUAUGCGCACACCACAAUCUCCACAGCUAUGGGUUGAAGCAUUCUACAAUCCGCAGGAAGCUGGACAGUGGCUCCGGCUAAAUGAUGCUAGAACAGGACUAUUCGGAUCAGCAUCGAAUACGUCUUAUGACAGCGUCAGUGUUGAACUCCUCGCGUGGGACAUGUCAACCAACUUGACAUCCACAUCUACCGUCAUUCUCCAACUCCAUUCCUCUACCUCGGCCGCUCCCACUACCUCCUCGAGCCCUGCACCGACAGAGGCCCCUUCCUCGGCAAUCGCAGCCGGUGGUCUGUCGAAGGCAGGCACCAUCGCGUUGAUUGCCAGUCUAUGCGGUGUCUUCUUGUUAGGCCUCCUCUGCCUCCUAUUCGUCUGCUGUUGCAGAUGGCGACGAAAACGGCGACAGGAGUUAUCCGUCCGCCAAAAGGGCAUCGGAAAGCCUGUUCGCGCCCCAUCCUCCCUGCCCCCGCCUAUCUUGCAGCACCCGGCCAUGUCCUCGGCUGCGAGCUCCCCUACGCUCUGCGCCGACUCCCCAGAUAUCGGCAACCAAAAGAAGGACAAGGAAAAAGCUACGUACGGCAGUGCCGAAUCCCCACACGGCUUCGAUCACACGAGGAGCUUUACCCCGGCAAACCAACUGCGCAUCGUAUACCCAAACACAGUGCGGAUCGUCUACCCGAACGCUUACUUACCGCAAGAAAACUCUCCGCCAGAUGGCUCGUUCUUGGCUUCUGAUUCCCACGAGGGAUACCUCCCAGCACAUGACAUUUCUUAUACUCCCCCAGACCUGGACAGUCAAUACGGCCUAACAGGCAGCAAGUCGG